UCCUCGUUCUUAUCCCAUUGCAAUAACACCGUAUCAUCAUCCUCAUCGUCACUGUCUUCUUCUCCCUCAACUAAUAUCACAUCAGGCCUCACACACUCUCUCUCCAACAAACCCCCUAUGGCUUUCACAUCCCCACCGUCUUCGCCGUUAUCGUCCACAUAUUAAUUUCCGUAUCCGAAAUCCUCUCGAUCGCGGUUUGUCCUCUAUCCUUCUCCAAAAGCCUGAGUUUUUCCGCAGCUUAUUCUCUCUGCCGUCUCAUUCGCUCGCUUUAUUCCCGGAGCAAUCGCCAGCCCCAAUAGAAGACGGAGGCCACUUGUGGAUCCAAGUAGGGGAUGUGUUUAGGGUUCGGUGAAGAAGACUCUCGAUUUAACCAUAACGACGCGAAUCAGUAUAUUGCAAGAUAUAGGAAGAGAGGAUGAGUUCGGAAUGAGAAAUACUCACAUAUUUAUACAGAUGACACACCACCAUUGCAGUCCGGAAUGAGAAAGACUUCAUAGUGGGCGAUGGAGUUAAUAGGAUUAAUCACGAAAUCACAACUCGGGCUGUUUCCGAUACAGAAAGGAAGCACAAACAUAACGCGGUGCCAUCGCAAGAAGAGAAGAGACGAUCUGCGAUUCUUCAGUCGAGCAAAAUUAGGGUUAAGGGCGAAUCCCAUUUCUCCGGGCCAAACAUUGAAAGCCCAGCAUGAUUCGCGACUUAAUGAAAUGUUGAGUUUCGGUCAUCAGCGUCAUGUGUCGCCGCGAAAGAGCAACUUAUCUAAAUGGCUGCUGAUGUGGAGGGCUGAGGAUCGAGAGAACAAUAUUUUAUAAUAAUAUAUAUAGAUAGAUACCAAACUAAUUGGUUGGAACAAAACAACAGUCAAGAGUGAUGCACCGUGAGAAAUGCACUCUACCUACCGACAACUGGUCCGGAUCCAUUAAAACGCCGUCGUUUGUCACUUUUACCCCAUUCAUUCACACUUGCUAGCUCUGUUUCUAUUUCUUCUUCCACACUAAUCGCCAUUGUUGCUGCUGCUGCAACAACUUGCACUCUGGUUUCAUUCGAUCGAGCUUACGUGUUCUACGCAGCGAUGGCGCGUCGUUCCGGAGACUGCAUGAAAUGUCUGGUGAUCUUCGCGGUUGUAUCUGCUUUAGUGGUGUGUGGGCCUGCCCUGUAUUGGAAAUUCAACAAGGGUUUCGCUGGAUCCACUCGUAAGACCUCUGUUUGUCCUCCUUGCCUAUGUGAUUGCCCACCUCCUGUGUCUCUCCUCGAGCUUGCUCCUGGGCUUGCGAAUCUCUCUGUUACAGAUUGUGGAGGUGAUGAUCCAGAGCUCAAACAGGAAAUGGAGAAGCAGUUUGUGGAUCUUCUUACCGAGGAGCUGAAGCUUCAAGAAGCAGUUGCAGAUGAGCACACCCGUCAUAUGAAUGUUACCCUCGCAGAAGCUAAGAGAGUUGCAUCUCAGUACCAAAAGGAAGCUGAGAAAUGCAACGCCGCCACCGAGAUUUGUGAGUCGGCUAGGGAGAGAGCUCAAGCUCUGUUGAUCAAGGAGAGGAAGAUCACUGCCUUGUGGGAGAAGAGAGCUCGGCAAUCAGGGUGGGAAGGUGAGUAAAACUGAUUGCACUUCUCAUGUCUACCAUGAAACCGAACUUUCCCAACUUAGCUCAAGAAAAGGAAACUGUUGAAUUGUCAAAGAAGACAAUCCUAUCCUCCAUAUAUGUAGUUUUUUUCUCUCUUUUUUGCUUCUGGAUCAGAUUGUAGCUAAAGACAGGCUUGGCCUUGUAUUGACUCUCUUUAUAUGCAUAAUUAUAAUUGUCCAUUUCACUGCCA